CGCCCCGCGUUGCGUGCCCACGUCGCCCCGCCCUCGCGCCCGCCUACUCGGCUGCGGCGGCAGCGCCUGAGGGAGUCGCUGACCGGCACGCUGACACGGGCCCGGCGGACGCGCGGAGCCGACCUGCGGCAGGACGAGAGGAGCGAGAGCAGCAAGUACUGCCCUUCGCAACAAUGUCAGUGGAAGUGGAGACCUCAGAGGGGGUAGACGAGUCAGAGAAAAAGAACUCUAGGACCUCGGAAAAGGAAAACCACACCAGAAUGGCUGACCUCUCCGAGCUCCUGAAGGAAGGGACCAAGGAAGCACAUGACCAGGCAGAAAACACCCAGUUUGUCAAGGACUUCUUGAAGGGCAACAUUAAGAAGGAGCUAUUUAAGCUGGCCACCACUGCACUGUACUUCACGUAUUCGGCCCUCGAGGAGGAAAUGGACCGCAACAAGGACCACCCAGGCUUUGCCCCCUUGUACUUCCCCACGGAGCUGCACCGGAAGGAGGCGCUGACCAAGGACAUGCAGUAUUUCUUUGGUGACAACUGGGAGGAGCGGGUGCAGUGCUCUGAGGCCGCCCAAAAGUACGUGGAGCGGAUCCACUACAUAGGGCAGCACGAGCCAGAGCUGCUGGUGGCCCAUGCGUACACACGCUACAUGGGGGACCUCUCGGGGGGCCAGGUGCUGAAGAAGGUGGCUCAGCGAGCCCUGAAACUCCCCAGCACAGGGGAAGGGACCCAGUUCUACCUGUUCGAGAACGUGGACAAUGCCCAGCAGUUCAAGCAGUUCUACCGGGCCAGGAUGAACGCCCUGGACCUCAACUUGAAGACCAAAGAGAGGAUCGUGGAAGAGGCCAUCAAGGCCUUCCAGUACAACAUACAGAUAUUCAACGAACUGGACCAGGCUGGCUCUGCGCUUGCCAGAAAGACCUUGGAGGACGGGCUCCCCGUGCAUGAUGGGAAAGGAGACGUGCGGAAGUGCCCCUACUACACUGCUCAACAAGACAAAGGUGCCCUGGAGGGCAGCAGCUGCCCCUUCUGGACAGCCAUGGCUGUGCUAAGGAAGCCCAGCCUCCAGUUCCUUCUGGCUGCCGGCGUGGCCCUGGCUGCUGGACUCUUGGCCUGGUACAUGUGAAGGACCCAUGACGCCGUGCUGGCACCCUCCUCCCAAGUGACCACUGGCCCACCACCAUUUCGACCCCUGACUAAACUACCACCUCAGGUGACUUUUUUAAAACGCUGGGUUUGAGACAGGCAACCAAUAAAAGCCAGACGCUAGAG